AAGCAGCGCUCGCUUCUGUGCGACACAUCCGGGCCACAUUCAGGGGUGUCACUCAAGCCUGCGAAGAUGGCGACUACGGGCAGAAAUACACUCCUGUCGGUUAGCACAAAUGUAAAUAACAGCACUUCCGAAAGCCAAAACGCUGAGGAUGAAGACGGGCAGAAUUUAUGGUCAUCGAUAUUGAGUGAAGUGUCGACGCGAUCCCGGUCAAAAUUACCGUCGGGAAAGAAUGUACUGGUUAUGGGUGAGGUGGGGUCUGGUAAGACCACCCUGGUGGCCAAACUACAAGGUGUUGAGGAGUAUAUGAAGGGGCGGGGAUUAGAGUACCUGUAUUUCAGUGUUCAUGAUGAAGACAUUGAAGAUCAUGCCCGAUGUAACGCGUGGGUGCUGGAUGGAGACCUGUAUCACAAAGGCUUGCAAAAGUUCGCCGUGUUGACAGAGAACCUGGCAGACUCGCUGGUUCUGUUCGUAGUGGAUCUCUCCCGGCCGUGGCUGGCCCUUGAUUCACUGCAGAAAUGGGGCAGCGUGGUGAGGGAUUAUGUGGACAAACUACGAGUGCCUCCUGAAACCAUGAGGGAGCUGGAGCACAGUUUGGUCAAACAGUUCCAGGAGUAUGUGGAACCGGGAAGUGAUCUGGACAGUGUACCUCAAAGAAGGAAUCCUGAAUCGGAAGAAGAGAGCAUCCUGCUACCCCUGGGGGAAAACACACUCACACACAACCUGGGCAUUCCUAUAGUGGUGGUCUGCACUAAGUGUGAUGCGAUCAGCACUUUGGAGAAGGAGCACGAUUAUAAAGACGAGCACUUAGAUUUCAUCCAGUCUCACAUCCGACGCUUCUGUCUUCAGUAUGGGGCAGCACUACUCUACACAUCUAUGAAGGAGAACAAAAAUCUAGACGUGUUAUAUAAAUACCUCGUUCACAGGUUAUAUGGCUUUCCCUUCAACAUCCCAGCUCAGGUGGUGGAGAAAGACUCUGUGUUUAUUCCAUCAGGAUGGGACAAUGAAAAAAAGAUUGCCAUCUUGCAUGAAAAUUUCCAGACAGUAAAAGCAGAUGACAACUUUGAAGAUGUAAUAGUGAAACCUCCUGUUAGAAAGUUUGUACAUGAGAAGGAAGUUCAAGCUGAAGAUGACCAAGUAUUUCUAGUAAAGUUGCAGUCUCUGUUAGCCAAACAGCCUCCAGUCACUGCAGGAAGACCAGUGGACCCAACAAACAGAGCCCCCACAGGCUCGCCGAGGACGACCAACCGUUCAGCCGCGGCCAACGUGGCUAACGUCAUGCCCAUUCAAUCAGGUACCAAGAAGAUUGAUCCCAACAUGAAAGGAGGACAGACCAGCGAGGGUGUGCUGGCCAAUUUCUUCAACAGUCUGCUUACUAAAAAAGCAGGCUCGCCAGGCCCAGGCGGCCAACCCGCAGGGGGAGGAGGUAACACACCGGGAACAGUCCGCAAGUCAGCAAGGGGAUGUUGGCCACGUUAAGGCUCCAAACUGGGGUUGACAGAUGUCCAGGCUGAGCUGGACCGGAUCUCCAACAAGUCUGAGCUGGACUCCUCAGCCCCUAAUGCUACCACGCCCCCUGCUGAAAACGAUGAAUCCUGAAUGGGAGGCGGGGUUUAUUUACUGUCAGGCCCCUCCCAUAUACACCGCUCUCCCCGCCCCAGCCACCUCUCCUCCCUUCCUCUCCCUCUUGCUCUUGUUCAGAGGGGGGAUUUAUUCCCGUUUAAUCCUUGUACGGCCACUGACUUGAAGCUGCAUGUUGGACAAAUGAUGCUAUGUCUGUCUCCGCACACACGCGCACACGUACAGCGGAUGAGUCCGUAAAACACAGAGACAGAUAGACGGAAUGAGAGCUGAUGUAGAAAUGAAGGACACUAGAUCAGUUAUGGACACUAACAGAGAGUUCGAGAGGGAUUUAGGAUGUAGAGCCAAGUCAGAAUUAGAAAGUAAGGGGGGUGACCUUUGUUUAUAUGUAUGCAAGUUAGUUUUCUUGGACUUUUGGUUGUAACUUAUCUUUCUGUAAGAGGAACCUUGUAUGUCUACCGUGAAUGUCACUUUGGCUUCUGACAAACGCACAUUUUUACUUAAAAAACGACUAAACGUCUUAUCAAGCCUCAUUUAAACAAAACGUAAAAAAUAAAGGGAAGCAUUGCAUUUUAUUCGCAGUAUCAUAUAGGAUGUUGGAUGUGAUGCCCUUGUGUUUUCAUUAAAUGGUUAUCUUUAACAACCAUAAAAGGAUAGUUCACCCGGAAAUGACGCAUGUUAAACUUAUUCCAAACCUGUGUGCUGUUUUUACAUGGAGUACAAAUACAAAAUGAAUGAAUCUUCUUGUAGUUCCUUUCGAAACACAGCCAAAAGCUUAAAAAAGGACAAAGCUUGACAGAUGUAGUCUGUGAACUAUUAAUAGUGUUGUUUCAUUAAGAAAACAGCACAGAGGUUUGAAAAGAUUGGGUUUUCGUUAUUAGUUGAACUUAAUACCCAACACUCCUUUAUUGUACUAUAUGAGAACCAACAUACUGACACAAUUUCACUACUUUAUUUUCAAAAAAUCUUAACCUCUAAUGGUUUUAUUGCUGCUGAGAAACUGUCAGGUUAAAGUCAUCCCUGCGUACAGUAGAAGUAUCUAAAUAUUGCACUAUUACACAAUAGUAGGCAGUGACACUGAAAAUGAUCUCUUACCAAGACACUUUAUUGGCCAAUGCAGCAUAGAGAGGUUUUAACUUAAAUGGUUUAUGAAGUCACCUGGUCAUACAAAUAUCUUAAGCUUUGAGCAUUUAUCAUUGAGCGUACACUGCUGAUGGGACUGACAACUAUGUUUGUGUAAAUUUUUGUUUGUUUUCUACGUUUAUAAGAGCUUUUGAAAAUUGUAUGUUCCUGUGUGUAUGUAUGUCCUCAAUGCUCAACUACAGACAGUUAUGGCACUGUUCAUUAAUGGAUGCACACAAGAGCAGUAUUACUGUCUUAUCAUUGGUGUAAGUGUGAGUGUUCAGAUGCUUAUGAGCUAAAUAAGUAAAUAAUUUCAGCGGGAGACUAAGUGAAAUUGUCUGUUGUAACGGCUAGAAAUUAGUAAAGGGAGGGGAGGGGUGGAGACGCCAGAGGUGGCUGGGCAGGUGAGAUCUGAGAUCAUCCUCACCUGCAUGUACAGUCAUCAACCAAACUACUUAGGAGAGGGAGGGUUCAAAAUAAACAUACGCUAAUAUGGUCCUGUAAUUUCACAAGAUGUAGUGAUGUUUCUCUGGAUCAGGUCUGUAAUCAUUCUAUUAAAGUUGUAUUUAUUGGGAA